AUGUCAUUGAAGGUGCGUGACUGCACUAGAAUCGCCGUUGCGGUGGCGCUUGGCUACAUUGCCUACCGCGGGGUGUGGAGUUUUCUGCGGAAUGAGAUCACCAUAAGCGUCACGGAACUGGUGCAGCUGCCGCCCAGUGAGAGGCUGCUGGAGUUGGAUGAGCAGACACCACUGCAGGGGGAAAUUCGGUGCGAAACAUAUUUGAUGCGUAGCUACCGCUUUCUUAUGCGGCUCUCUGCCAACGUCAAGGGCGUCUCCACCUCGCCUCCGGCCACGUCGCACUCUCGCCACCGGGUCAUUCAUGCAACAGAAAAUACUAGCUACAGAACCAUGAUGUCGCAUGGUAUAAGUAAGAAGCGGGAAGGACUUCCCAACGUUACCGUUCAUGACGUACACAGCAUGGUGGAUUACUGGGAGCUCUCGCCAAACGGCAACGUCUGCUUUACGCCCCCUUGCAUAGGAGAUGAGCUACUGAUGUGUUAUGAGGCAUCAGCAAAAGCGGGUCAUCCAGUGAACGCCGUGGUAAAGAACUGUUACCUACAAGCGGAUGAAAGACCGGGCCUAAAACGUUUAUCCUUUGACUUUAUGGUGUACGAUAUUGUGCAUGCGGCGAAGAUACGCAUUGCACUUCCCAAUCGCUACUGUGACGUUGUUACGAUUCACACCGGUGGUGUGGGCCUCGUUCAACAGCCAGAUGCAAGGAAGCCGCACCACUUUAUUUGGGAUAUAGGCAAUGUGGACGAGACAACGUGGAAGAAGGUCAAGUCCCUGGCACCUGAUGUCCUGCCGGAGGGUCGGCUUGCGCGUCGCGGUUUCACCGAUGACGACUUGGCGGUAGCUGUAGAGCGACGGAAAAGCGGUGAGAAUAGCGAGGUCAUGGCUAAUAGUUACCAGCUUCCCAACACCAUGGAUACGAAACUGGAAAGCAGGAGUGAGAGAUGUGACGGAGACACUCCCGUGGAUACGGAUGCUAAAAGAGGGAUGCUUGGCACACACACAAGUUCCGGGCUUCCUGAAGGGACGCAGCUUCUUAUUGCACACUUUCUUAUUGUUUUUGAGGAACCUGAUGGGAUGGAGUACGACUAUGUCUCGACUGACUCGGAGCUGAGCGAAGGUGAGAAUGAAGGUGGCGAGUGUGACGAAGCAAGGCGGCGAACAGGUGACACUCGGUCUUCGCGGGCUACAGUCAGCACGGGUCGUAAAGCUGCAAAGCGUGAGAGCCGCGCUCCUAAGAGCAAAAUGGUGCGUUACAGUGCUGAUUCGUUACUCACCUUGGGACGGGGCGUGUCCACCAGCGUACCGGCCGUUGAGCUUUCCUACAGCGUCGGUGGACUCGUCUCAGGUGUCACGGUGCGUAAGCUGCAAACCGUGAGUGAUCUGCCAAACUGGAUUCCACGAUCAAUGCUUGACCGCUGGCUGCUGCGGUGGAUGGUGCCCGGCAUUCACCAGCUGCGGCUUGGUAAGUAUGCCCAGUACAACUCAUGGUUUGUGCAACCCAUUUCUGUCACGUCACUUUGA